CUCACUCUCGACCUCUCGGUCUCUCGAUUCAGAGACCAUGUCGACCGACGACCGAGCAACACGAUGGCGCUCAAAUUCCGGUUCAAGGAGACUCGCCGGACGUUCUUGUGCUUCGAGGACGGAUACAUGAUCCCUACGGCCGUCACCGACGUUCCCACCGUCGAGAAGCUGGUGGUUUUCAAUCUUGACGGCUUCCUAUCGCUUGAGCUGUCGUCUAAAGCCGUCAGCAGCGUUCUCCACGGAUCGUUUUCCGACGACCGGAAAGAACGCUACUUCGAGGGGGUCAUUUCGUCUCUUGCUCAUGAACAUGCCAAGGAUGCGGUGGCCUCUGAAGUCGACACGGUGGCUUUCAAGGCAGAGUUUGAGGUCAUGACUGAUAUCUUCGAGCCUAGCGAGACUCUCGACGUUGAUGAGACUGAAGAGGAGAGCUCUGGUGAGAUGUGCGGGGUGUCUUGUGGUUUUUGCAACAUCGACGAUGGUGAGAUGCUGUGGUCAGCGAGGAAAGGAAGAAUUCUUGAGGGCCCUGUGGUUGAUCCUCUGAUCAUUGCUGCUCAAUCAAUCAAACUGGCGAGGGAGGGUAUUAAUCUCAGCACUCCCUGGCACUGGGGCUCCUGCGGCUCUCACAGCUCCACUCCGACGAAAACUUUGAUGGUUCAUUGGGUUCCCCCUCCCCAAGAUGUGUUGAAGGUCAACUUCGAUGGAUCUUUUAAGCAAGGUUCUGGAGGUGCUGGCUUUAUUGUUAGAGAUCAUAUGGGUGAAGUGCUAUAUGCUGGUUGUAGGACUUUUCCUGCGGAGUCCGUUCCCCAAGUCGAACUUCGUGCAGCUUGGGAAGCUCUGCGAGUGACCGUCCAAUGUCUCCAUGGUCGGCGAGUUAUUCUGGAAGGUGACUCUGAAAUCAUCAUCUCCUGGAUUACUCAUACCUCAUCUUAUACGCAGCGUUCUUGGCCUCUUGUUAAUGAAAUUAAGCAGAUGGCGGAUUCUCUGGAAUUUUUCAAGCCAAUUCAUGUGUUUCGAGAGGGCAACGUCCCUGCGGAUUGGCUGGCAGGACAACACUGUGCUGAGGAUUAUGGGCAUGUUUCUUCUCUUCCUCCUCAGUUAGCCGCUUUAGUGCGGAGGGACUCUGUUGGUUUCCCCUACCGUCGGCCAUGUAAAUAA